AUGCAACCGGAAGCACACGUUAAUGUUGCAGCAACAUUAAAUACCAAAAUGCAACUGAAACCUAAUAACAAAACUGAACGCAACGCACUGCAGCACAGUGGAAACAGUAAACCGCGAUUUAAUUGGCAGCUUGGUUAUUUGUGCGUCCAAAUGUCGAUGUAUUCCUUUAAAGGCGCCGAUGGUACAAAUCUGCCAACACAAACACAAUAUAAUGGCGCCACAAACACACAUGCAGUAGCAACAGCAGCAGCGUCUACAGUUACUACCGCUCCAACAGUAUUAGGCAUUCCUGCGCAACAACACAAUGGCGGCUUGGCCAUUGCAUUGACAAAUGGUCUGACGAAUGGCAUUGAACACCAACAAAAACAGCAAGCGCAGGCACAACAACAACAACAGCAGCAGCAGCAACAGCAACAAAAUGUUGUUAGCAUAAAAAUAAAAAAUCUAAUACAAGCACGUUACGUUUUGUACGCUGAAAAUAGUCAUUAA